UCCAAAACUUGAUAAUUUUUUUUGAUCUGCAAUUACUUACUGUGUAAUUUAGUAACUACUGUAAUUACAUGAGGUGGCAUUGUUUUCUAUGAUUCAGGGUUGAUGCUGCAAGAGAAGAUGGCUCGUUGGGUAGACUUAUUAAUGACAAUCAUAUAAACACAAACAGCAAAAUGAAAAUAAUCAAUGUUGAUAGAAAACCCUAUUUGUGCUUAUUCGCAACAAAGGACAUCAGUCCAGGGCAAGAGAUCACUUAUAACUAUGAUGUUUCAGAAUGGCCAUGGAGGAACAAGGUGACCUCUGACACUGAAAUCCAGACCAGUACUUCACUUAGCUGUGCAGGACAGAAAACUGGAACACAGAAGUGUUGUUCAUCUAAACGGGUGACUUCUGACACUGAAAUCCAGACCAGUACUUCACUCAGCUGUGCAGGAGACAAUACUGGAACACAGAAGGUGACCUCUGACACUGAAAUCCAGACCAGUACUUCACUCAGCUGUGCAGGAGAAAAUGGUGGAACACAGAAGGUGACCUCUGACACUGAAAUCCAGACCAGUACUUCACUCAGCUGUGCAGGAGAGAAUGGUGGAACACAGAAGGUGACCUCUGACACUGAAAUCCAGACCAGUACUUCAUUCAGCUGUGCAGGAGACAAUACUGGAACACAGAAAAUAAAUGUGACCUCUGACACUGAAAUCCAGACCAGUACUUCACUCAGCUGUGCAGGAGACAAUACUGGAACACAGAAGAUUUGUAAACUUUAUGUAAUAUCAGUAGCUGUGUCAAGCUUGGAUAAAUGUGCCAGCUGCAGUGGGCCCUACAAUGCAUUCAAGUGGGUUAGGGUAAAAUGUAAAAUGACAGAGCCUCCAUAUGGCCACAAGAACAUCCUCACCUCACCUUCACCACUUCCACCAACCACCCUGAUCCAGGACCUCCUCGCCCCCUCCCUCUCUAAUCACUCUACUAACGCGCACAGGCCAGACCCUGCUCCCAGAUCAGCGGAGAAGGCCAAGCUCUGCAUGAAUCCUGCUCCAUUACAGGUCUCAGUUGGAAGUGUGGAGAGAUGCCAUUGCCUGAACUCCUGUGUGGAGUUUUUAAGUUCUCCCUGUGAUUGUGUUUCCUCCAGGUUCUCCGGUUUCCCCCACAGUCAAAAGAAUAAGGACAAAGACUUUAAGACCAUGCGGUGA